AUGGACAAUGGAAGUGAUACAACGAUGAUGGUAGACCAUAAGAAUGGAGAACCAAACUAUCUUGCACAGAUCAAUAUCAAUAUAUUCUCACCAAAUAAGAAGAUGCGAUUGAUGCAUCAUCCUUCAAAGGGUGCACAACAACAACAGCAACAACAUAGGACACUGACACAACAACAGUUUGAUAAGAAUCUGAUGACACCUGGACAGACUAUAUCGCGUGAGGGCGAGUUCCUCCGCGGUCACGGCACAUUCCACCACGCAGGCGAUCUGAUGGCCUCGGUCUGCGGCCUGGUCGAGCGCAUCGACAAGCUGGUCUCGGUGCGCCCAUUCAAAGCUCGCUUCCACGGCGAGAUUGGAGACAUUGUCGUUGGACGAAUCACACAGGUUGGCGCCAAGCGCUGGAAGGUCGAUGUCAACGCGCGCCAAGACUACAUACUCAUGCUGACUGCGAUCAAUCUGCCUGGUGGCAUUCAGCGUCGUCGCACAUCGUCCGAUGAGCUGCAGAUGAGGAACUUCUUUGUCGAGAACGACCUGGUCUACGCCGAGGUGCAGGCAAUCAAUCAGGACGGCUCGAUCGCUCUGCACACGAGGAACCAGCGAUACGGCAAGCUGCAGAACGGCACAUUCAUGCGCGUGCCCUCUAGUCUGAUCAAGCGCGGCAAGCUGCACUUCCACACGCUCGAGUGCGGCGUCGACGUGAUUCUGGGCGUCAACGGCUACAUCUGGCUGGCGGACGCCGCUCAGCAGCGCAAGCAGGCCGAACUAAUACAGAACCACGAGAAGGAGCACUAUGAUCAGCCGCUGCUGCUUCCGCAGUCGGUCAAGGAGAUUGGACGCGAGGCGCGCGAGAAUAUUGCACGCGUUCGCAACUGCAUUGAAGUGCUGCGACGCAGCUUCAUGCUGAUCCAUCCACGCAGCAUAAUGGACAUCUAUCAACUGUCGCUCAAGAUGUCGCUGCCGAGCAAGGACAUGCUGCAUCCCGACAAGAUACAGCUGAUGAUCGCGGCUGUCCACACAAUCACACGCGAGCGACGCACCAACACCGAUGCCACUGUGGCCAACAAUCAAGACUCUGACUACGACGAAGAAGACGACAUGAAUGAGUAUCGCGCGUAUUAC